AUGAAGUCAUGUAAGUGGGACUUGCGUCCGAGUUAGCGAACUAGCUCAGAAUGUGAAGACGUCAAGGCGGCCGUGAGAAGCAGCUGGUUCCCCGCGGGAGACUGCAACGUUCCUGCUUCCCCGAAGGGAGCCUUUCUCUCGCGCUCCUUGAGAAGGAGGGGCCGGUCAGAGGCACAGGAAGUGGCUGCGGAGCUGGGAGCCCGAAAAGGGGAGAGCAGCGCCGCGCCGCGGGCCUCUCUCUUUCUUUUUGGCAGGCGGUUCCGACUCGAAGCUGACUUAAAUAGGGAAGCUACGUUGCAGUGAGCAUUAGCUAAAGCCACGCCUUCUCUUUCUGCCGGCAGCUGCCUGGGCCUGUCCGCUGCUUCCUCGGAAGUAAAGGUCUUUUGUUUGCAGCAGCGCUCGGGUCCGAGCAAAACGUGCGCGCAAAGAGUGCGCUCUCCGGGCGCAAAGCGACUUGGCGCCUCCUCGCUGGGCAGCGGCCCCUCCGGCCAGGGAGCUCCGAGCGUAAGUGACACUUGGGGCUCGACUGCUCUAGGGCGGCAUCGGGGCCCGCCUUGCUGCAGGGACCGCGCCAGGUGGGGAAGAAGUUUGGCGGGCGAGGGAGGAGACUCGGGCCCCUCGGCGCUCGGCCCUCGGAGGCGCGUCUCCCUCUUGCACGCGGAGCUGCACGUUGCACGAGUGUCUCUUCCUUCCCGCCGCUUCUUAGUCCAGCACAGCAGGUCCCUUCGAGGGUCAUCUAGUAGUUUCAACAUGCGCCCCCCCAUCCAAUUUGAAACCAUCCCGGCCCCCGCUUCACUUGGCCAAUGUGCCAGCAGUUUUAUUGCUGCCAGGUCUACGAAAAACAGAUGUGGAGAGAGACAUGCCCUAAGGAAAUUCCACGAACAGUUGCUUGUCAAUAAUGGAAUUGCAACUAGAAUGUAAUGGCCGGCUUUGUGAGUUUUCUCACAAUGUGCACCGGGAAGUUCUGUUCCUGCCCUAGAGGGCAAGGGUGCUCACACAUUCGCAGGGCAUCCUCUGGCAUUCAUGGUUCUCUUACUGGGGUGGAGUGGGAUUCUUGAAUGAGCUCUUGACCUUGAGUGCAGGGGCUCCCAAACUUUGUGGACCAAGGGGCACAUAGUGAAGUUUGAGAAAAUGCUGUGGGUACCACAAACUGGCUGCUAUUUGGGGUUUGUGGCAUAACAAAAUUAGAAGAGGGUCGUUUGCUGUUGCUCUUCACACCCGGACAGCGUCAGGUGGUAAGUCUGCAAGGUCCUGCUGGAACAGGUCUCAUCACCACACAUGCCUCUUCCUCUCUCCCUCCCAUUCACAGGUCACAAUUCAUGCUCUUGGUCUUUCUCACCUGCCUGCCCCUCUCCAUCUCUGUUUCUGACGCAGAGCACACAUUCAGAAAAGAGGAAGCGCCUGCUGUCAGCUCCACAAAUGCUGGUGCGUUACAACCAGCUGAGCAUAUCCCUGUCGCUUCUCCCCCAGCUAGUAAUGCAACACCCCUUUUAAAAAAUAAAUAUCUGAUACCUUCAUUUUACAUUUGCAAAUUGAGUUACUUAAUAUAAUUACCAAUAAAUGAAAAAAUGAUGAUGAGCACACCAACUCCAAAUAUUUACAGGCCCCGAUCUUAUUCAUUCACAUAGUAGUCCACAUAUUUCCCCUCCUCAUUGACUAAGAGUUGAUAAAAUACUGUAGCUGACUUCCAUGUUGUGCCGUUGAUGUGCAUGCUAUGGUUAGCAUAUAUGCAGCUAUUACAAUGUUUGUGCUCUUCUAACUUCUUAUUUUAUUGCUCUCUAACAACAUGAUUUGAGGGUUUUGUUGCAUCCCAUUUCCUACUUUCUAAUACCUUGGAGACCCCUUUAAUCAUGUCUGAAUGGAGGUGAGGAGGCAGUUUACACCUUCAGGGGUAGAUGGGGGCAGCUUGAUCCUGAGAACACUCUGCUAUCCAAAGCUGUAAAUAUGCUAGUUGGUCCUCCUUGGCAUUUAAAUACCCACGUGUGCGAACUCCCUGCAGCGGAGGAAGGCCACAAGUGCCAGUAUGAAUUUAAUCUGGUAAAAUUAAAUAAAGGGUAUGGAAGGCCUCCCUGACAUAAACCCAAGAUUCAGUUCAGGCUUGUCUGUGCAAAGUACAUCUGUUUGUGCUUCCUUAAUAUGCAGAACAAUUAGCUGAUAAAGAGCAGCUGUGGAGAAUUAAAAGCCACAUAAAAAUAGUCACUCUUAAAGGCUUGCAUAAGAAGAGGAGAAGCAAGUAAAACACGAUACCUGCCCACCUUACUUUGCUGUUCUCUUUGGAUUUGUAACAGAGCUUCUGGAAGGAACCUCCAUCCUUACUGGCUCCCAGCUCACACAUUCACAUGCCUGAAGAUUCCCUCCCAGCAGUGCACAUGUGUUAUGUGGGCACGACAUGCAUUGGCCUCUAUGCCUUUAGGCUUGAUUUGUGUGACUAUCCUCCCCUCCCCCCACAACACUUUUGAGGGUGAAGGACAUUUGGCCCAGCAUGUUCAAGCAUCGUAUCCCAGUGCUCCCACCCUGUGGAAAUAACAACCCUCAGCAUAUAAACUGGGCGCAUGGUGGUAAAUAGCAUGUCUUCUAGUGCAAAUAGUUGUAUGAUAAUUUCCCAGGUACACUAAGUUUGUAAGUGCUGAGAGUUUUGGUGCAUAGUUAAUACAGUGGUAUUUUGGUUUACAAACUUAAUCUGUUCCGGAAGUCCGUUCUUAAACCGAAACUGUUCUUAAACUGAGGCGCACUUUCCCUAAUGAGGCUUCCCACCACCGAUCCCCUUCCGCCGUUCGGAUUCCGUUCUUAGACCGAGGUAAAGUUCGCAAACCGGGACACAAUUUCUGGUUUUGUGGAGUUCGUAAACCGAAUAGUUCAUAAGCAGGGCUGUUCUUAAACUGAGGUACCGCUGUAUUUAGUCCCCAGUUCAAAUUACUCCUUAGCCUUUGCACUCAUGUAUCCUGCACAUGCCUACAAACUGCAAUAUGGAGAUACUCUCAUCUACAAGAUUGUAGUAAUGAAUAAGCUAAAACAUGUAACCUGAUCCCCAUGUGCUCCUGUAACUAGUCAGUCAUUCUUCUUCCUCUUUCUCUCGGCCUCCUUUCCUCUGCUGUCUCUUCUGUACCUGUUGGGGAAGAGACCUUUCCUCCUUGCUCUUUGUAAAAGGUGGCGUCUGCUUUGAACACUCAAAAGUUCUAGGUUUGUCUUAUCCCCAGCUGCUAAUCCCAGAAUAUUUGGUGACAUGAGUUCCACACAUUUUCAGAGUAAGCAAAUAAUAACUCCCAUCUUAAUUCCACACUGGCUGCUUUGAGAUGUUAUGAAACGGCUGACUGUUUUGAGCAGAUGAGAAGAUCCCUAUUUAAAUCAAAAGCCCACCUCACCCCACCUUCUGUUCCCUGUAUGGUGGCCAGCCAGAUGCAGGCCUCACUGUUUGCAUUCUGCCUCUGACACUGGAGGAAAUUAAGACCCAGGACUGUGAUUGGUCCCCCCUCCCUGGGUGUGUAAGAACAUGGGGUGCUGCUAAUGCAAGUCUAGCUUUCAGUUUCAGGUGCAGCACGUGUGGACCACUCUGGACAGUCCUGGACUAGCUGAGUGGCUCCACGUACAAAUCCAUCUGUUGGGGCAUUUGGUCGGCAGCAGUCCCAGAUGAAGUGCAGCAAGGAGUCCCAGUGCUGUGGCACUUUCGAGUGUGAGUUGUGUGGAUUAACUGCCCCAUACAGCUACUACGGACAGAAACCUCCAAAUGCUGCCUGUGUUACGUAAGUACAUCUCUUACCACUUACUCCCUGUGCUGUCCACCAAUGAUAGUAUCUCCACUAUGGCAAGCAGCUCCUUUGAAUGAUCAAUGCCAUGGAGCUGAGGGCCAGUGGCUAGCCCAGAGAUGGGAAUUUCAGCCACCUGGUCUCUUUUUGCAGUGAUUUGCAGAGCAGCCGUGAUGGGUGGCCCCCAGCUUCCCUUCCCUUCCUUUGUCUGCUGCUUUCUCCUUGCUACACCCCAAGCAGAUUUUCCUACAGCUAUAUGAAAUUAGGAAAAGUAACAGUUUAUGUGUGUAAGCACCUCCCCACACCUGUGUCUUCUGAAAACGGGGUCUGCACCUGCACAGAGAAGGGGAGUCCCAGUCAUGUGUUUUUUGCCAAAUGCCAAAUGUGUAGCUAGGACCGAAAUAUUUGAGGAGUCUUGCUUUCAAAAAAGUACAAAGAGCCUUGUGGCACCUUCAAGCUGAAUUGAUGUCGGGCCUCUUCCCACAUAAAGUAUGAAUGUGGCAAACAGGCAUCCAAGAACAACUGGUUCUUAUAAGUUCACUUCUCAAGAGGUCCAGAAAUUAUACUUGGUGAGGGUCUCAAGAAUUCCCUGCUAGAAAUCUUGAGCUCUGCUCACUGUUUCCUGAGAACUGAGAAUGAAAGUUCCAGAGGGUGACCUAUAGCUAUGGCCUUACUGCAAAGUGAUGCCCUCCAGAUGUUUUCGGCUACAACUUCCAGUGGCCACAGUCAGCAUUGGCCAUGCUGGCCUGUGCUGAAGGGAGUUGUUGUCAAAACAUCUGGAGGGCACCAGGUUGCAGAAUCCUGCAUUAUGGAUUCAAGAAUGGCUUGCUAAUAAGACAGCGGAAACUGCUGCCAUCUAACAUGGGACACAGUUUUAUUGAGAGCUUGAUAUUUAAUGGGGACCAUGUUUCUAUCCCUUACUUUUUGCAGGGAGUGGGGAGAAGGAUCAUUUUCAAUUUACCUGUCAGUGAUAAACAAAACUGUUCCUUUACCUCACAGUGACCCUUCACUGUUUUUCAGCUGCAUUCAAGAGUCCCCUAGUUUCAUGAUGAGAAAAUCUAUUUUGGUCCCUGGAGCAUUCAGCAUCUGGUGUCUGCCAAAGGCCAGGAGCAAGUUGUUCUGUGCCCUUUUGGAGUGUGAGAAUUGUCCUUUGGAAACAGCAGGUUAAUUCCAGAGAGGGCACAAAACGGUUUCCGUCUCUGGCAGAUCCCUUCUCUUGUUUUGCCCCUCAGCUGCUCACUCCUACUUGCCUGUGUCUUGGCUCACGCACGGGAGUUGGUUGCUGAAGGCCGGAAAGAAAGCAACUCCUGACAUCCCCACUGCUGUGAUUCUUGCUGGGAUGGGCUGUGGCCUCUAGAGCCUUUGCCUUUGUCUUGAGAAAGUCAGCUGAAGAGGGGAGCUUAGGGAAGGAUUCAGCUAAAGCUUCCAUUCCUGUUCACUUUUGAGGGAGGUCUGGUAUGCUGUUUCCCACAGUGGUGAAUGGAAAGCCUGUGGGCUAUCAUGCCUCUCCUCUGAAAGUGGCUCUGGCCUGACUCAGUGCCGUUAACCCUUCAGCCCUUUACUCAGUACAGAUCUAGUCCCUGCUGAAUAUUAGCCACUGACCUGGUCCUUAAGAUUGGAUAUGGGAAUGUGAGUUGUUCCUUGCCAGUGCUAUCUCUUUAAAAUGUGGAAUGAUUCUUUCCCAGCCUUCUGGAGGAAUGCUAUGUCAUGAAGGAUCCAUUCACCUCUGACAAGGACAAAUUCCUCAUACUUGGAUCUCAGUGCAGUUUGUGUUGCAAGCAUGUGUGUGUUGGCACAGUAAGUAGCACGUGAUGCCUGCUGCGUUUAUAUCUCUGAUGUUAGUUUCAUAGGCUGUGACCUAGAGGAUGAAAACCAAGCCAAGUGGAACAUAACCUUUUUUCCACCCUUGCUUUGCCAUUACCUUUUAUAUACUACUUCAAAAUACAGUUCCAUAAUUCAGUUUUUUUAUGGCCCUCUGAAGGAUCAACACCUAAAAUGCUCCUUUUCUCUGGUCAUUCUCUUAUCAACAGUUCAGGGUCAUUCUGUUCCCAGGCCUUCUGUGAAUCUCCUGCCAGGCUCAACAGAAAGUCUUCACCUGCAGGUGAACAAUUGGCCAUCUCAUACUUGCCCUUCAGCUGCUUGAAUGUUCAUAAAUAUGCUGUGGAACCACAGGACCUUAACUACUGAGUGGGUGUGUUCGUGAUCUCAGGACAGUUGGUACCAGUCACACUGCCCAGUGUGAGCCUGUUAUUUACAUUGCUCACCAUAGCAACAUGCCAUAUCUAAUGCCUGGAUUAUUUGACCAUGAAGGGAAUACUUAUACUGCAAAUGUAUAUUGGUUUUAUGCCAUUUUCAUUUCUGUGUCUUCCUCCAAAGAAUCCUAAAAAUUGGAUUUUGCUGAAGCAUUGAGAAUGUCCCUUGAGGAGCCCCUAGCACUUCUCCCCUAGGCUGUGCUUCUAGAGUUUUGGGGGGCAAAAAGAAUUCUGCCAUUUAUUUUCAUUUGCACAGGACAUAGCAAACUGCACAGUCCUUUUGGGAGACUGUUUCUUAGCUUUUGAGCUUUGUUUGGCUUCUUUUGUGAUGAAGAUCUGUGGGUUGCUUUGGUGUUGCAAGCUUCUCUGGAUGUUAUCUCAUAUAGCCACAUUGCUACACGUUGUGUCAUGACAGGCAGCCCUUACUUGAAGGAGUUGUGGAUAUAAAGAACCAUUAUGAGGCAUUGCAGGAAAAUCGGAUUUUCCCAAGUUGUGCAACUUGAGGAACUGUUUCAUCACAUCUGCUACAUGCUAAAUGUUUACCUUCCAACUGUAAGAUUCUCUGAAAAACGUAAUUCAUAACCCAUUUCUUUCCCCGCUUCCAGUUCUCUAAAAUGAUAUUGAGCUAAGGAUUCCAGAUUUGUUCAAAGCAAGUCUGAUAGGAAUUAGUUUUGGCCUCCUCCUCGAACGGAUCUUACACCCUUCAUUGGCCUAUAGCAAAAUAUAUUUAUUUAGGCUCGUUAUAUAGACCUUGCACAAGUUGUAAUUGACCAGGGAGCCCUAUGCAGUCAGGCCAAGGCUCCAUUAAUGUUGGCCAUAGGUCAACCUGCACUCUGAUGCCCUGCAUAUGUUGAACUCCAAGGGUCAGGGGUCAGGGGUGAUGGGAGUGGUAGUUCCAAAUGGCUAGAGAGCAUGAGGUAAGCUUCCAUAAAGGCUGCAGUGAAGAUGGUGAGCAGGGCUUGAAAGCAAGAAUAGUGUUGCUGUGUUGUUUGCCCACAGCUUUUGGUAUUCAGCUUUUCAUUGCCUCUGACCUUGGAGCUUCCAUUUAGCCAUUGAGAGACCAUGGAUUUGCAGAUUUUUAAAAAUUAAAAAGCAAUCCUGUGCACAUUUACCUGGGAGAAAGCUCUACUGCACAUAUUGGGACUUCUGAACAGGGUUGGACUGCACUGCCAGUGACCAUCACCAUGUCUUCUGACCACGAUUUCCUUAAGUGGAGGAGGAUUGUGGACAUCUUAAUUCACCUGCUGGAUUAAAGAGACCUUUGAUCUUAUAUUUCGCUUCAUUAAUUAGUCACCCUCAAUCCAGCUGCAACCGAGCUGCUGCUCCAUUGGGUGUGGACCCAGCAGUGUAUUGUACUUGCUGAAAGUGGGUGUAGUAAAAUGUAAUAAACAAACAGGCUGCAUGUGAGGAACGUUUAAAAGAGUUCAUACAAGCAGGUGGAGCGCAGGCCACCCCAGAUGGCAAGACUGGCUGUUAAAUUUUAAGAAGUGGCUGGAUCUGUAUGUAUCUUAAUUGCCGAGCACAAGGGGGGGUUCAGGAGCAGGAGGAGCAGUUCAGCAGCAUCCUCAAGUCCUUUGAGUUUCAGGUGCCACUGAAAGCUAAGAAAUGAGUUAGUCACAACUAUGCCUCAUUAAAAGCACCUGGACUAACCUUUUGGCUGGAUUGGGGCCAUACAUAAGAGUAGAUGUAAUGUGUUAAGUUUGGUGAGUUAAGGAAUUUCUCUGUUCUUUUUCAGGACUGUAGCCUUUUCUACGCAAAAAGAUUCUGCCUCCCCUGUCUUAAGUUACACUUAAAUGAGUUUCCAGUGGAAAUAAGGCAAGAUUUGGAAAAGAAAACUCAUUCUCAACACCAAUCUUCAAAAAAGGGAGAGUCCAAGACUUCAAAGAAAAACUAG